AUGUUUGAGGCCCGUCUCGUCCAGGGUUCCCUCCUGAAGAAGGUGCUCGAGUCCAUCAAGGAUCUCGUCACCGACGCCAACUUCGACUGCUCCAACAACGGCUUCGCGCUCCAGGCGAUGGACUCCUCCCACGUCUCCCUCGUUGCCCUCCUCCUCCGAUCGGACGGCUUCGAGCACUACCGCUGCGACCGCAACAUGACCAUGGGCAUGAACCUCUCCAACAUGUCCAAGAUGCUCAAGUGCGCGGGCAACGAGGACAUCAUCACCAUGAAGGCGGAUGACACCGGCGAUGUCGUGACUUUCAUGUUCGAGUCUCCCGACCAGGACAAGAUCUCCGACUUUGAGCUUAAGCUCAUGGACAUCGACUCCGAGCACCUCGGCAUCCCCGACACCGAGUACGCCGCCACCGUGAAGAUGCCCUCCUCGGAGUUCAUGCGCAUCUGCCGCGAUCUCUCCUCCAUCGGCGAUACCGUGACCAUCUCCGUGUCCAAGGACGGCGUCAAGUUCAGCACCACCGGCGACAUCGGCCAGGCGAACAUCACCUGCAGGCAGAACACCUCCGUCGACAAGGAGGAGCAGACCAUCAUCGAGCUCCAGGAGCCGGUGACGCUCACCUUUGCGCUCCGCUACCUCAACUCGUUCACCAAGGCUACCCCGCUGGCGCCCACCGUGCAGCUGCAGAUGUCCAAGGAGCUCCCCGUGGUGGUGCAGUACCUCAUCGCGGACAUGGGCUACGUGCGCUACUACCUCGCGCCCAAGAUUGAGGACGACGAGACCGCCGAGGCGGCGUAAGUACUUAGCGGCGAGAGCGAAAGUGAGGAGGCGGGGCGACGACUCGGGACGGGACGACGGAAUCACGUUUGGACCCACUCUUACUUGUUGGCUGGUUGGCGGGAGGCGACGAUGGCGGUGCAACCGCGGCGGUCCGACGGGGACGAUGCCGCUGUUGCGACGUGUUGAGACGGUGGGGCGCUCGCAGACUGUGGGGCGCGCCACUCUCUGAAUAAGACACGAGUGGUUUUUUGCGAAUCCUCCCCCGCGUGGUC